UCUGUUGAUGCUGUUGUUCCCGCCAAUAAUCGAGAAUGGAGGGAGAGGAUCACAAAAUGAAGACACUCAACCUUCUUCGUUCCAGAAUCUGCGAUCCCAAAUUCAUCUUCAGCGAUUCUUCUUCCGAUGAAGGAAACUACAGCAAGCUCAAAUUCAUGAUAUCGAGUUCCGUCACGGAGGCGUGCAACAAUUCAAUUCUGCUUCUCGGUCCCCGUGGCUCCGGUAAACUCGCGGUUUUGGAGCUUGUCAUUCAAGAUUUGUUUCAACAAUAUCCCGAAUCUCUAUCACUGAUUAGGUUGAAUGGGUUUUUACAUUGUGAUGACAUCUCUGCAUUCAAGGAAAUAGCUAGGCAGUUAUGCAUGGAUCAUCAAUUACUAUUCUCAAAAUCGGCAUCAUUUGAUGACAACUCCCAAUUUAUGGUAGCCAUGCUCAAGGAAUGUGGAUUAGCACAUAAAACUAUAAUUUUUAUUCUGGAUGAAUUUGACCUAUUUGCUCAGGGUAAACAGCGUUUACUUUAUAGCUUGCUAGACGCAAUGCAGUCAGUAACAUCGCAAGCUGUUGUAAUUGGCAUUAGUUGCCGGCUGGAUGCAGAUCAGCUAUUGGAGAAAAGAGUGCGAUCUCGUUUUUCCCAUAGAAAGCUGUUAUUUUUACCACCUUCAAUAGAAGACUCCCAAAGAUUACUGGUGCACAUGCUGAAUUUACCAAUAGAUUCAAGCUUUCCUCAUGAUUAUGCUGUUGAAUUUAAUAGAAAGGUCCAAAAUAUUAUAGAAGACAGAAGGUUCAAAGACACUUUCAAUAAGUAUUUAAGUCUUGACUCCUCUGUCAAACAUUUGCUGAGGUUCCUGUUCUGUGCAGUCUCUCAUAUGGAUUUGAAGACAGGAUUUUUGUCACCGGAAAACUUUGAAACUGCAUUUUCAAGUAUCCAGAGGCAGCCCAAACUAGAAUGUUUAAAAACAGGUUGCUCCAUCUUAGAACUUUAUAUUUUGGUUUGCAUGAAGAGAUUGGAAGUUAAAGAGCAAAGUUUAUGCAACUUCAAUGCUGUAAUGAAAGAGUAUAAAAGUGUACAUGAUUCCUUCAAGACUGCUGAUUAUUAUGCACGGAAUGUCUGCUUAAGGGCAUUUGAACAUCUUAUACAUCGUGAAUUAAUAUGUUACACAGACAAUAGAGGGCAGAGUUUGUCUGCUGAAUUUCGUCCUGCAAAGCUUUUAAUUUCACCCCCUGAACUACAUCAGGGACUAAAAGCGUAUCCUUCAUGCCCUCCUAUCCUUCAAAAGUUAACUGCACCGUGAAGGCUAAGAACCCAAAGGACACACGACUUUUCGCUGCUUUAUGUUAGACAUUUAUAUGGUAUGGUAUGCUCCCAAAUUCUGAUGCUCAGCCUGUUUGGGAAGGAAGCAGUCGAUUUUGUUUUGUCAAACUCUUUCAUUUGUUAUAGUUUAUGUACAUGGAAAUGAAAUUAUUGUUUUCCCUUCUUCUGAGUGAACAAGUUGCAAUGUUUAUUAUAUCCUAAAAUCUAGUUAUCCUAA